ACCGGAAAAAUAGUCGACGACCAGCCUAACCGGAAAAUGAAAGCCCAACCCACCAGAAAAUGGGCCGCGGUAGUAUCCGAGAUCACGACCUGGCCCAUACAUAAUUGGACUGGACUGAAGCUCAUCUUUCGUGUGCCCGUGCUCAGCUCCGACACCCAAACUCUGAAGCCUUCCACGCCACCCUCCGCCGCCGGCGUUGCCGCUGCCGCCAUGGGACGAGGCCGCAAUCGCAAGCCCCGCAACUUCGCCACGUUCCGCCUCUGUCCCCGCCCCGGCGCCGCCGACGCCUCCGACCGCGUCUUCGUCCGGGUCGACGACAACCCCUACUCCGUCCCCGGCUUCGCCGACGACGACGACGGCCACGGCGCGGGGCCCUCCUCCUCCUCCUCUGCCGACGACGGCGGAGGCGCCCUCCCCGACCACGUCCGCCGCGAGAUCCUGGAGCUCGGCCUCCCCGACGACGGCUACGACUACCUCGCCCACCUCCGCGAGCUCCGCCCCUCCCUCUCCUCCACCGGCGGCGGCGGCGCCUCCGCUGUAUUCCUCCCCAGCCGCCGCCCCGCGCGCUCCAGUCUACCCGUAGAUGUCAAGGCUUACGACUUGAGUCGUGUCCCAAUUGCUUCCGGGGAGGUCGCGGGGACGGCGGUGGCAGCGAGGUGGGUCGAGGAGGCUAUCGACCUAGAUGUCGCCAAGCUUCUUGAGAGCGAUUUGCCGGCGGCUGGGUCGGGGGAUGAGGGUUUGGAGGAGGAUUUUGUUGUCAUUGCAAACCAGCCUGAAGAGGACGAGGAGGACGGCAGGGGCAAGGAGAGUGCUCAGCGGCUGCCACAUGAGCAGUUUGAUUCGCUUGCUUUGGAAGAAUAUGCUGAGGGGGAAGAUGAUUGUUAUGUUCGAGAUGUAGAGCAUGAACUCUCCCAGGAGGUUAGAGACGAACUGAAACACAGUGAAAACUUUGAUGCUGAUGACAAAUGUAGGGCACUGCAAUAUUUUGCUCAUAGGACACUAGAGUCAAGCGCAAAAGAACAGAUUGGUGAAUCUUCUAAUGUCAUCUUGGAGUGUGCUGGAUAUGCUGAAAGAUACUCAGAUGAACGCAGAGAAGAGGAACAGGUGGUUCUUGUUCCAGAAAGCUGCGAUGGAUCUGCUGUUAGGUACUGUGCUACCACUGUUUCUAGAUCAUAUCUCGACAUUCACCCAGGGAACAUUCUAGCUCCGGUAAAUGCUAAAGAGAAACUUCCGAAAUUUUCCCCUGGAGAAACAAGUAUGAAAAAGGCCAUCAUCAAAAAAGGACUGGAGAAGCUUCCGGCAGAGUACUUGCCUCAAAGGAGAACUUCGAGUGGUGAACCUUUAAAACAGGAGCCCUAAAAGGAAGCAAAAGAGGAAACAAAAGAAAGCUAGGCCUAGGCUGCGUUGAAAGAUUCGAGGCGCAGAGCAAAGAAAGAUGUAGAGGACUUGUAUAUAUGUGAAAUACAGAAGGCUCAGCAAGUUGCUGCUGUUACUGGACCAUAUUCAGUACGCCUUAUGUAUUUUCUGCAAACUGAAUCUCUAUCUUGAACAAUGUACUUAGGAACCAAAUAUUGUUUAUGGUUAGGUGGAUUGUCUCUUAACUGCUAAAGGUCUUGGUGAUGUACUACAGCUCAAAUCCUAAGCGUCCAUCGGAACUUGUAUUGCAGGAUAUAGGAGAUACCGAAGUAUCAUCAUCAUCAUCCUAUUAGUAUGUUUAGGAGCAUCUGUUUGAUGGGGAGGAAAUAUUGAAAAAAAAAACUUUAUUCUACUUGGUACAUAAGGGAAUUUGUCAAUGAGAACUCGAGUGAGUGUGAGAAUAGGAACUUCUUAUAUCUGAAAUAUCUAAACACACCAGGGAUCAUUUGAUUCAUGUGCUAAUGGAAAUAAGUUAACGA